CUCUCAGUUGUUGUUGAAGGCAUGCGGAGAAGAGAGAAAGGCGAGGCGUGAGCAGAGCGGCGGAGAGAGGAAGAAGCUUUUUCUCUUGUCAAAGUAAAACCAACAAAAAAAAAUAUUAAAAAAGAGAAAAACCAUCAAGGAAGUCUGCCGGAUUCCUUCGAAUCUGCCUCUGACUGUGGAGAUGCAGCAAGAAAGAUGGUGACAACUUGUUCUCCAAGGAAAGUGUUGCUUCAGCACUCCGCGUUGUUGGAGUCCAGGUGGUGACCCCGACGCCAGAGCCACCACCGAGACCACGGAAGACCGGGACCAGCUCUGCUGCCGACGCCACUGCUGCCUCUGCAGGACACCUUCUCUCUGAUCUCUCUGUGAUGGACAAGUUAUCUUAUGGAGAGGCGAAGAUGGUCACAAACUGAACCAACCAGUCUUUUUCAUCCCCUCAACAUGGCCAAUGACCUCUACAGCAGCACUUUCUCAGCUUCUGAGUCUGACUUCUCCUCCUCAUCUUCAUCUUCUGCAUCGUUCCUCACACUUGAACAAAGGGCGGCUUUCGUCUUCGUCCUCAUCCUCUUCAUUUUCUUGGGCCUGCUGAUCGUCCGCUGCUUCCGGAUCCUUUUGGACCCGUACCGCAGCAUGCCGUCCUCCACCUGGACGGACUACAUGGAGAAGGACACCUUUGAUUACCGGAUUUCCUGACAGGCAGCCUGAGAGGCAGCAACCCUGACAAAUGACUGGUUAAACUGAGGCGACGAUCAUGCUGAGGUAGAAGAGCAGAAACACAAAUGCACAUUUUCUCACUGCUAAUUAUUCCACAAGUAAACCAGAGCCACUUAUUUCUACUUAAGGCUUUCAAUCUAUGAAGUUUUCAUUUAAUCUGCAAAAAAAGUAUUUGAACCAGAAUAUUUUUCUUAUUUUAAUCAUUUAAAAUAAAUUGUUUUUACUUAUUUUUUUAAUUUUUAGCAUUUUAUAAAGUUAAUAAAGUGCCUGACCUGCAACAAAAAUAAACCCUUUCAAUAGAUAACUGCAAAUAUAUGCAAAAGCUAAUGCAUGUGCACUUUUAGCUUCACAACUAUAAAAGACUUUUGCAUCACAAAAUAGUAAAAACUGGUGGUAAAUGAGUCUUUUUACUAUAAAAUGAGCUGACUGAAGUCUAAAUAAAGUUGUGAACUUUUAUUUCUGGCUCUAAAACUUUACUUUACUUGAACUUGAGUGAUGAAACCACUCACCAAAAUGACAGAA